AUGACUGAGAAGUUGAAUAGAUCUGCUAGAGAGGGAAGCGUUGACGCUCUUUACUCAAUACUUGCUGAACACGACGAUGAUUCCAUUGCAGAUACUCCAUUGCAUAUAGCUGCAAGCGUGGGAAACACCCAUUACGCCAUGGAAAUAGCUACCUUAAAACCUCCACUAGCCCGGCAACUAAACCGUCAGGGGCUCAGCCCCAUGCACGUAGCUUUGCAAAAUCGGCACAAGCAAGUGGUGAGAGCGCUUCUAGCAAUCGACAGGGAGCUCGUCCGAGUGAAAGGAAAGGGGAGGAUUACUCCUUUGCAUUACGUAGCUGAAAUGGAGGAUUUCGAUCUUUUAGCUGAAUUUUUGUCUGCUUGCCCUUCUUCAAUAGAGGAUUUAACUGUUCAAUGUGAAACUGCUGUGCAUGUUGCUGUGAAGAACAAAAGGCUUGCUGUUGUAGAAGUCUUGAUGGGAUGGCUUAUAAGGGUUAACAAGAAAGAGGUCUUGCAAUGGAAGGACGAAGAUGGCAACACUGUUCUGCAUAUUGCAACAUCUACAAAGCAACCAAAGGUGAUGGAGUUGCUAAUCAGGCAUGUCAAAGUAAAUGCCAAGAACUUCCAUGGUUGGACAGCCAUGGACAUCUUCUACGGUCAAGAAUAUUCUCCGGAAAGAGAAAUACUCGGAAAAAUCCUUCGUCGUGCCAGAGCUAAAAGUGCUUUUUGUGAUGAUUCUACAACCACAUUUGCAAGCUACCUGAGAAAACCCUUGUCACUUAUCGAAAGGCGGAACAAUAUCCUGGGAAUUUCUGGCCAAGAUCCGACACAAUCUUCCCGCGAUGUGUUACUUCUGGUUGUUACAUUGAUCGCGACAUCUACAUUUCAAGCUGUUCUUAACCCUCCUUUGGAACUUUGGCAAGCAGUCACCGGGUUGAAAACAACUAAAAACCCAAAAAUUCUUGGGAUGAACGCGAGGUUGACGAAUUCGGAUCGCCAGUCUGAUCUAUACACUUUCUUUUCACUUAACACAAUGGCCUUUUUCACAUCUUUUUAUAUUAUUCUACUCGCCAUAAUUGACCUCCCUUUUGCUAUUAUACUCUAUCCGUCUGCUAUGUUCCUAUCAUAUACCUACUAUGGUAGCCUGGUUAACACCAUUCUGUAUUCACGGAUGAAUCCCAAUAAUCUAGCUCUGAGGUAUGUAUUUACAUUCUUUACAGCUUUAUGUUUAGUGAUGGAAACUCUGAUUCCUUUGGGUGCUCUUGUACAACAUCGGUGGGUUAGAAGGAAGGUGGAUGUCCUGAAAAGGCAUCUGGGAAGGCUCAUAUAG